GAGAGGUUCGGGACAUGGAACUGACACCCCCAGAGGCCGGUGGACACUUUCACCCGGGACGCUUCCAGAGCUGGCGAGAGAGCAGUCUCGCUUCCGUGCCAUGGCUUCGGCGCUGAGCUAUGUCUCCAAGUUCAAGUCCUUCGCGAUCUUGUUCGUCAGCCCGCUCCUGCUGCUGCCACUCAUCAUUCUGAUACCCGCCAAGUUUGUCAGGUGUGCCUACGUCAUCAUCCUCAUGGCCAUUUACUGGUGCACAGACGUCAUCCCGGUGGCCGUCACCUCCCUCAUGCCUGUUUUGCUCUUCCCACUCUUUCAGAUACUGGACUCCAAAGAGGUAUGCGUGCAGUACAUGAAGGACACCAACAUGCUGUUCCUGGGCAGCCUCAUUGUGGCGGUGGCUGUGGAGCGCUGGAACCUGCAUAAGAGGAUCGCGCUGCGCACGCUGCUCUGGGUGGGAGCCAAGCCCGCACGGCUGAUGCUGGGCUUCAUGACGGUCACAGCCUUCCUGUCCAUGUGGAUCAGCAACACGGCCACCACGGCCAUGAUGGUGCCCAUUGUAGAGGCCGUGCUACAGCAGAUGGAAGCCACAAACGCAGCCUCGGAGGCCAGCCUGGGGGCACUGGAGCUGGCGGACAAGGGCAAGGCCGGACAGUUGUCGGAGAACCAAGUGGCUUUUGAGGACCCCAUGAAGGAGAAGCAGGAGAACCAGGACAGGAAGAACACGUGCAAGGCUAUGAACCUGUGCGUGUGCUAUGCAGCCAGCAUCGGGGGCACGGCCACCCUGACCGGGACGGGACCCAACGUGGUGCUCCUGGGCCAGAUGAAUGAACUGUUUCCUGACAGUAAGGAUCUGCUGAACUUUGCGUCUUGGUUUGGAUUUGCCUUCCCCAACAUGCUGAUGAUGCUGCUACUCUCCUGGCUGUGGCUCCAGUGCGUUUACAUGAGAUUCAAUUUUAAGAAAUCCUGUGGUUGUGGGACACAGAGCAGGAAUAAGGAGAAGGCCGCCUAUGAGGUGCUGCAGGAGGAGUACAGGAAACUGGGACCCUUGUCCUUCGCUGAGGUCAACGUGCUGGUCUGCUUCCUCCUGUUGAUCGGCCUGUGGUUCUCCCGUGACCCCGGUUUCAUGCCAGGCUGGGUGUCCAUUGCCUGGACAGAGGAUAAGAAAAUGUAUGCCAGUGAUGCCACUGUGGCCAUCUUUGUGGCCAUCUUGCUAUUCAUUGUACCUUCACAGAAGCCCAAGUUCAACUUUUGCAGCCAGACUGAGGAAGAAAUGAAAACUCCAUUUUAUCCCCCACCUCUGCUGGAUUGGAAGGUGACCCAGGAAAAAGUGCCCUGGGGCAUUGUGCUGCUCCUAGGGGGUGGAUUUGCCCUGGCUAAAGGAUGUGAGGCCUCGGGGCUCUCAGAGUGGAUGGGGAAGCAGAUGGAGCCCUUGAGCAGUGUGUCCCCUGCAGCCAUUACCCUGAUCUUAUCCUUGCUUAUUGCUGUGUCCACUGAGUGCACAAGCAAUGUGGCCACCACCACCCUGUUCUUGCCCAUCUUUGCCUCCAUGUCUCGUUCCAUCGGCCUCAAUCCACUGUACGUCAUGCUCCCCUGUACCCUGAGUGCAUCCUUUGCCUUCAUGUUGCCUGUGGCCACCCCGCCUAAUGCCAUCGUGUUUGCCUACGGACACCUCAAAGUUUCUGACAUGGUGAAAACAGGACUAAUGAUGAAUGUAAUUGGAGUCUUGUGUGUGUUUUUGUCUGUCAACACCUGGGGACGGGUCAUAUUUGACUUGGAUCAUUUCCCUGACUGGGCUAACAUGACACAUAUUAAGACUUAGGAAGAGCCACAAGACCAUGCACACGGCCUGCACCCUCCUGAGGACUCUGACCUUUCCAGUACACCUCGCACAGAGCUUUGGGGCUUGCACCCCAGAGUGACUCACUCAUGUCCACACCCCACCAAGACUCAGCCAACGGGGGUCACUUCUUCCUUCAGGGCUAGAGUCAGAGAUGGUGACGGGCAGGCUCAGAAGUGACGAGAUCCUCUCAAGAGGUGUGGGAUCCAUUUUCCUGGGGACUGGGAGGCAGGAGAGGAACCAGAACACAGGCUCUUGUACCAUGACGCCUUGGGCAGGCCCCAGGCUUGCCAGUGCUGGGCUCUGGUUCUCACCUGCUUAGUCCCAGGCAUCCACAUGGGUGUUAGAGCCCCAGGAUGGAGGCUGAGGAAAUAGCGUGGCAGUGCCUGUGUCUCUGGCUGCCUCAGAUCUGUCGUUCUGAAGGGGACUACUCAGACAGGACAGGACAUCUUGUCUCGGGCAGCCGUCCACUGCUGGAGUGACCUUCUGGAGACUCUCUGAUCCUGGUAUGGCACCACCACGAAAGGAUGAGCAAUCUGAAGCGCCAACUUCACGGCGACACCUGCCUCCCUUCGUACAGCUCACUCUUGGCUGACCAGCUCCCCUCUUUGAACUAACAAUUUGGGCCCCUUCCCCAACUCUCCAGUUAGCCUCCUUCAAUCCCUAGAUCCCUUUGUUGUCUGGGCCAGCAGCAGCUGAAAUCCCAAGGCCCCCUUCUUUUCUCACAGGAAACUCAGUUUGGUUCUUUGGGGGAAAUGCUUUUUCACCAGUUCCGUACAGCCAGGGCCACACUCUGAGUAUGGGCACUGUGGAGUCCCUAGGUCCUCCCUCACCUGUAGGUGCAGAGUGGAUGCAGUAUUAAUUUCCAGUGGCUGGACCACCUCAGAGUUUAGCUGUCUAGCUGGAGUUUGAGCUCUGCUGGGAAAUCUCCCCCACUGUGUUGACUGGCUGCUGUAGCCAGGCCUAGCAGCAACAGAGCAUCAUUGAGAACAAGCAGUGCUUGGUGGUCCCUAAACCAUACUGCCUACCUGGUGGGUUAAUCUACCUGAACUUACAGGCAAUAACUUCAGAGUGGCCAUGGAAACUCUCGGAACCCCCUAUGAGAAUGAGAGACAUGACAGGCAACCACCUUCUUGUUGAAUUUCUCUUCCUUCCUUUUCUUUCUUUCUUUUCUUUGUCUUCUUUCUUUUUCU